GAAUUGGAGGUGCUGCUCCUGUAUUUUCCACCUGUUCAUGUGUGGGGGGGAAAACCCCUGCGACUCAUAUUGGCUGCCUCAUCCACACGGUCACGUGCCCUGCUGUUCAUCAGCCAUGAUCUACUCUCAUUGGUUCCACAGCACAUUACUUUGUGUGUGUGUGUGUGUGUGUGUGUGUGUGUGUGUGUCACAUUCCCGCCCUGCAGCGCUCAGGCGUGUCUACUUCGCUUCGAACGGAGGUGUGGAACAGGUAUAAAGAGAAGAAAAUAUGUGCUUCCAUGUUCAGACCUGAGACACUGCAGCUUUCCCUCGACAGCAAAAAAAGUCGCCCCGCCGCGGCCUCCAUGGCGUACUCCACCAGCACUCUGGCAGAGGGCUGCUUCGGGAAGGUGUACAAGCAGAAGUACAACGACACCUGGGCCGCUAUAAAGAAGGUCCCCCAACAGCUCAUCAGUAGGAAGGACCUGGAGAGAGAGAGUGCAGUCUACCACAAAUUAAAUCAUCCCAACAUCGUGAAGCUUCUGGGCAAAAUCAAUCUCAAAGACGGAAAAUGGAUCAUCCCUCUAGAGUUCAUCUUCGGCGAGGACCUAGAGACCACCAUCUUCAAAGCGUCAAAGUCUAAAAUACAGGCGUCCCCUGCUGUUAGAGGCACCAUCAUCCUCGGCAUGUGUGAAGGGCUGCUUCACCUCCACGCCAAAGAUAUUGUCCAUCAAGACCUCAAGCCUGAAAACAUCAUGGUGGAGCACGAUACGAACAGAGCCGUCAUCAUCGACCUGGGACUGGCCAAGUUCUACCGAUAUGGCCUCAACUCGGCCGUGGACAUGGGCAACGAGGCCUACUCGGCCCCCGAGGUGCUGCAGAGGCUCAGCCAGAGGGACCAGCGCUCGGACGUGUGGGCCCUGGGUAAGAUCAUCGCCGAGCUCUGCGAGCGGAUUCGACUUUACACGCCGAGCGUCUGCCCCGCCAAGAUCAAGGAGAUCAUGCACGAUCAGCCAUACUGCAAUGCUGUGUGUAGGAUGGUGGAAGCCAACCCUACUCUAAGGGCCUCCAUGGGCGGGGUCAUCAGCGACAUACGAAAGGAGGCCGCAGGUGCAGGUGCAGCCGCCGCCCCCGUCCCUGUCGUCAAUACACCCGUUCAGAAAGAUUACCUGAAGCCACCUUCAUCUCACCUUAAUGUCAGAAACCCGUCUCCAACACCAGUGGACAGAGGUGCGUCUCCAGUGAUGAGAGAUCUAUCUCCAAGGAACAGGGACCCAACACCAAUGAACAGGGACCCAUCUCCAAGGAACAGAGACCCAUCUCCAAGGAACAGGGACCCAACACCAAUGAACAGGGACCCAUCUCCAAGGAACAGAGACCCAUCUCCAAGGAACAGGGACCCAUCUCCAAGGAACAGGGACCCAACACCAAUGAACAAGAUCCCUUCUCCAAUGAACAGGGACCCAUCACCAAGGAACUGGGACCCAACCCAAAUGAACAGGGACCCAACACCAAUGAACAGGGACCCAACUCCAAUGAACAGGGACCCAUCACCAAGGAACUGGGAUCCAUCACCAAGGAACUGGGACCCAACCCAAAUGAACAGGGACCCAACGCCAAUGAACAGGGACCCAUCACCAAGGAACAGAGACCCAUCUCCAAGGAACAGGGACCCAUCUCCAAGGAACAGGGACCCAACACCAGUGAACAAGAUCCCUUCUCCAAUGAACAGGGACCAAUCACCAAUGAACAAGAUCCCAACUCCAAUGAACAGGGACCCAACACCAAGGAACUGGGACCCAACCCAAAUGAACAGGGACCCAACACCAAGGAACAGGGACCCAACCCAAAUGAACAGAACCGAGCCUACCCAAGACUUCCUGAAUAUGAAGUUCUUCCAAGAGGCUGCCAAGGACCUGCCCUGCAACCUGCCCACAACAGGGAGGGUGGUGGUGCGGCGCUUUGAGGAGAAAAACGGGGAGGUUGAGACAUGGGAGCAGAAGGAGGUGGUGACUCGUGACGGGAAGAUCGUCAAGUUCGAUGACAUCAGGUUUAAUAGCAAGUAAAAAUGAGAGUUUGAGGGUGUUCUUGCUGGGCAGAUACUCAAACGGGUUGCGUGCGCCGGUUAAACGGUGAGUUCAGGGUGCGCUCACUUAUGGUAUGUGUCAGGUACUUUAUGUUUGUUUGUUGACUACCUAAAUAGCCCUUUAAAUAAACAGAAAUGUUGAUAUUUUGUAUAUGUUUUACACAGUGAAAAACAGCCUGGGGUCAAAUUGACCCCAAAGAACCCGAUGCGUACAAGUUGUGUACAGGACAUUGAAAACAUAUCAUGUGAAUUUUAUGUUUUCCCAGUUGUUCCCAAUAAAUUAGGAAAAGUCAUGAAAUAUGAAGCAAAAAAAAUGAUGUCAAUAAUUUUAUUAGAGACGUCAAACAUUGAAUGGUCAAAUUGACCCCAAAGGUAAUAGGAGGGUUAAGUAAGUUAAGUAAAAAAAUAAAACAUACAAGGACAUCUUGAAAUGGCUUUGGUCGGCAUCGUGUUCAUUAUGCAUUCAGCCAUGUUCGGACUUUGAUUGACAGCUCGCUUUACUUUUCCCCAAAAAAAUAUAUAUUAGCGCCACAAACCACAAUCUGUGAAUGUUUUUUAAGCAUCUAAAUGCGUAAGACUGUGAACAUGGCUCAUACAUUAUGUGUAUGUUUUUUGUAUGUAAAUAAAUGUAUUUUCUUUGGAAUGCUU